AUGCUGAGCCGCCCGUGGUUCAGAUUUCCUAUCUCAUUCCAUCUCAUUGACACCCCAUACACCGAAGCAAUGGCCGAGACUCCAAGCGCAAAGCGUCAAAAGUCCUCCAAGGACGUCUCCUACGAACUCAUCUACUGGCCAGGCCUCCCCGGCCGCGGCGAACACGUUCGUCUCCUCCUCGAGGAGGCCGGCGCUGAAUACACCGAUACCGCACAGAUCGAAGACGGCGUCAAGAGCGUUCUGGCUCAGAUCGAUGACAAGAACCUGGGCGACGAACACAACCCGCCUCCCUUGGCGCCUCCCAUCCUGAAGCACGGAGACCUCCUCAUCAGCCAGACGCCUAACAUCCUGCUCUACCUCGGACCACGCCUCGGCCUCGCACCCAAGAAGCCAGAGGGUGACGACGGCAUCUACAUUGUCAACGGUCUUGCACUGACUGCGCUGGACGGACUCAGCAACGAGGCUCACGACACGCACCACCCCAUCGCGACGGGGCUGUACUACGAGGACCAGAAGGAGGAGAGUAAACUCAAGGCGAAGGACUACAUCGCCAAUCGGUUGCCCAAGUUCUUUGGGUACUUUGAGCGGGUGCUCAAGAGCAAGGCCAGCGGCGAAGGUCCAUGGCUUUACGGAGGCUCUUUGACAUACGCUGACUUGGUGCUCUUCCAGUGUAUCGAUGGUCUCAAGUUCGCGUUCCCCAAUGCUCUGAAGCGAAUCGAGGCUACUGGCGACUACAAGGGUCUCUUUGCGCUCUAUGAGGCCGUCAAGGAGCGGCCCAAGAUCAAAGAAUACCUCGCUAGCGAUCGUAGACAAAAAUAUUCGCAGGGCAUUUACCGUCACUAUCCUGAAUUGGAUGAAGAGUGA